CUACAAUGAACUUAAUAUAGUGAGUUUACAAAUCCUACCCCAAAGUAGCUAUGGAAAGGAUACCUUUUGGGUACACUGAGUUGGAGUAUCCAGAGUAACCCCCAUACAAAACUCGGUAUCAGUUGUGUAAAUUACACAGUCAUUACAAUGUACCUGUACAGAAUUUGAACAUCUUUAAAAGAUUACUUGGCUUAGUCUGACAUGUCUGAGUGAUGUGAAGUAAAGAAAAGAAAAGCAAGAUAUAUGGUUUGGUAUAGCUGCCAGUCAGCCUUACAACUGAAACAAAAGAGAUGUAAUCCUCAAAUGCGGAACUUGUGGAAUGAUCAUUUCUAGUACAAGUAUUAUUUGAUUUAAAGCCAUGUCUGUCUCAGUUAACAUACAUGUACAAAGUCAAUUUCAGCUACCUCAUGUGAAUUUUUCUAUGUGCCAUAUGGAUAUAACAUUAUCUUCUCAAAGAAUAUAGUCAUUCAAAUUUACAAACUAGUCUUUUAUUUUUGUAGUCUUAUUACGCUUUAAAUAUGAACGUGAGGCCCAUUGUGUUUGUUGUUGUCGUUGUAUGCUGUACGGUUGCAGGAUGGAUUAUUGGACACCAUACACUUAUUCGAGCGAACAAUGAAAAUGGUCAAUCAGAAAAUGGACAAGUGGUGGAAAAGACCAGCUCUGUUGAACAAAAGAAAAUGUUGAAACAAGGAGAUGACUCUAUACAAAAUCAAAUAUCUACCACAAAGGGAGGUAACUUAGAUAAAAAUCAACAGCUCUCUGUAAAACAAAAUAAAAAAUCUUCUGGAAGUAAUGGAAAUGCCUUGAUGAACACUGUUGUAAAUAAUGAUGAGGUAAUUAACAGUAUUAAAAACAGUGAUGGAAGAAAAACAAAUAAAAAGCCUUCUUUUAUAUCAGCUGUAAAAGCUAAAAUGCAGCCUAAUGCCAAAAACAUUCAACAAGCAAUAAGAAAAGCUAAGCCUGCCGUCACAGAUGUAAAUGUAAACAAUGGUUUAAAAGUGUACUCUCAUAAUGGUAAUGAUUGGAUUCCUGAUAGUGGCAUUUGUCAAACUAAAGAUCACUUCAUAAAAGUUUCAUUGAAAAAUUCCUGGGGUAAUACACCAAUUUAUAUUCAUAGUCCACUUGAUGACAAAUGGAUCAGUAAGGACCUGAUGAAUAGUGGACAUUGGGAAGGAGAAUUAGUGAAUCUAGUGUCACGACUUCUCAAAACAGACAACGAUUUACAGUUUGUAGACUUAGGAGCGAACAUUGGAGUAUUUGCGCUGUCUAUAGCAAAGCUAGGAAGGAAAGUGAUAGCAGUUGAACCAUUGUCAAUUAAUUUACAGAGAUUAUGUAAGUCUGUCGAAUCUGGUGUUUCAUCAGACGGCAAGCCAUUUUCUGAAAAAGUCACUAUUAUACACAAUGCUCUUUCAGAUAUUCGUGAAAAAGUAGAGCUCGGGAAAGAUUUUCAAAAUGUUGGUGGAACAUACGUCUUGAAAGAUAGCAAUGAGAAAAAAGUUCAAGGUAGUACAAUUAUUGGAAAAUACAAAGAUGUUGUCAUGACAGCCAAAUUGGAUGAUAUCCUUCAACUUCCAAAUUUUGAUUUCAAAAAAGUUGUUCUAAAAAUAGAUGUAGAAGGAUAUGAAACCAAAGUUUUUAAUGGCGGAAACAAAUUUUUUGAUACUGUAGAUGUAAAAGCGGUUCUUAUGGAAUGGCGCUGGCACGAAGGAGCUCACGAUCUACAACAGCUGUUGGAUUUCUUUCUGAAACGGAAUUAUAAAGCAUACAAUCCCAAAGCUAAUCCACUAAUUCAACUUAAACCAGAAAAUGCUCAGAGAUGGCCAGGAGAUGUUUUGUGGAAAAAGUAAUUUCUAAGAUGGGGAGGCAUGUUGUAUUUAGAAUAGCUUUCACAAACAUGACAAAAGCUCGAAAUAACAUUUUAUAUUUUGAUGGCAUUGUUUGUAUGCAGCAUAUACUGAAAUCUAGCUUAAUAAUUUAUCUAACUUGA